CCGGAGCCUAUUGUUAGCCGGAGCCGGGGCGGUUCUGGGCAUCUGCUGCCGGGGGCGCCCGAGUUGCCGGAGCCGCCCGGCCCUCUCUGCCUGCCGGCUGGGCUGCCCACCGCCCUCCCUCCCCGCCCUGCCGCCCUGGGAGCUCCCCGGCCGUCGCCGCGGGGCCCGGGGCUCGCUCGCUCCUCCCUACUUCCCACCCGGGUUAGGGCGGCGGCGGCAGCGGGGGCGGCAGAGACCAUCACGGGAGGAGGCAGCUGCGGCGGGGCCGGUAAUGGGCCUAGGGGUGCGGGGCGGAGGGUGCCGCCUCGUCCUUUCUCGGGAUCGGCCCUCGGGCGGCCGUGGAGGAGUGGUCAAGCCCAGAGCCGUGCGGAUGGAGGGGUCAGAAAUGAGAGGCUCGGACGGGAGCGGUCGGGGGGCGGGGAGGUCGGGUGCCGUUGGGAAGGAACCGAGUCGGGAAGAGGCGUAGGAGCGAGGGGCACCGAGGACGCUGGCCCGGACUGCGGGGGCAGCUCGCGGAGACCGAUGGGCGGCUUGGAAGCCUGCAGGAUUGCGGAUGAGGAUUGAGUUCGGAAUGGAGUGGAGAAUGAUGUAGGAUGGAGGAAAGUGAAGGAAGGGGAGGGGGAACAGAGGAAAAUGUGGGAGGAGUGGUUGGGAAUUUGUGAGUAGCAGGCAGGAAGGGAUGAGGAAGGCUGGGUAGGGGCUGCAGAGGAUUGGAAUGAGCGGGAAGGUUAGCAGGAAUCAGAGGGAAGUGGGCCGAGAGCUGAAGGGUUCGGCAGGAGUGUUCAUUAAAAGGAACUGGUGACUUGACAUGUCCCUUCGCUCCGGUUCCUGAUGUCUCCCAUAUUUCUGGCGUCGUGUGGGAAAAUGAAAGCAUCAUUUGCCCUGGUUGCUAGCUUGAUCUUUUUUCAUAGGCCCAAAUACGCAGCCAACUGCCACCCGUCCCUUUUAGUGCUGUGGUCUUGAUUCAUCCUUUUAAAGGGGUUGAGAGUGGCAGUGUGACACACAAACUGUUCUUCAGAAUGAAAUGCUAGAAGUUAUCCCCACAAGACGACACUGUCCCCUUGUCCUGCAGUUUUCAGUUCAAGAGGGCAAAGAUUGUAAAGCUACGAUGUCCUUGCACAGAGGAUGGUGACAGACCAGAUGAGCCCUAUUUUAUGGAGCAGUAUGAGAUUGGGGAAGAUUUUGGGUUUUGAAGCCAUGCAGAUUCUAAUCUUGGGUCCAUUAUUUGGUACCAAAUUUGACCUUUAUAGAAGCCUGCAGUGAUAAUUGUGUUUUUGAUCUCAAGUUCUUCUCACUGGUCCCUUGGAGAGCUUUUCUAUAUGAUCAGAAGAGCAGCUACUGUGAUUCCUGGGCUAAUGAAGCCUAGACCCCAGCUGGAUUGGAAGCAAAGGCCUUUCCUCCACUGGGAAAGAAUCCUAAUGUACCUGGCUAGCUGGUGGUGAGUAGGGGCUUUGGGGCCAACUUGGUGGGCUCCCCAAGGAAACCCCUUUGAAACCAAUGGAUGCAUUCACGGGCUCGGGUCUCAAGAGGAAGUUUGAUGAUGUGGAUGUGGGCUCAUCAGUUUCCAACUCAGAUGAUGAGAUCUCCAGCAGUGAUAGUGCUGACAGCUGCGACAGCCUCAAUCCGCCUACCACUGCCAGCUUCACACCCACAUCCAUCCUGAAGCGGCAGAAGCAGCUGCGGAGGAAGAAUGUACGCUUUGACCAGGUGACUGUAUACUACUUUGCCCGGCGCCAGGGUUUUACCAGUGUGCCCAGCCAGGGUGGUAGCUCUCUGGGCAUGGCCCAGCGCCAUAACUCUGUACGGAGCUACACACUCUGUGAGUUUGCCCAGGAACAGGAGGUGAACCAUCGAGAGAUUCUGCGUGAGCACCUGAAGGAGGAGAAACUCCAUGCCAAGAAAAUGAAGCUGACCAAGAAUGGGACAGUGGAGUCGGUGGAGGCCGAUGGCCUGACGCUGGAUGAUGUGUCAGAUGAAGAUAUUGAUGUGGAAAAUGUGGAGGUGGAUGAUUACUUCUUCCUGCAGCCUCUGCCCACCAAACGGCGACGGGCCCUGCUGAGGGCUUCUGGGGUCCACCGCAUUGAUGCUGAAGAGAAGCAAGAACUUCGAGCCAUCCGCCUGUCACGGGAAGAAUGUGGUUGUGACUGCCGACUGUAUUGUGACCCAGAAGCAUGUGCCUGCAGCCAGGCUGGGAUUAAAUGCCAGGUGGAUCGCAUGUCCUUUCCAUGUGGCUGCUCCCGGGAUGGCUGUGGGAACAUGGCAGGGCGCAUUGAAUUUAAUCCAAUCCGGGUCCGGACUCAUUACCUCCACACCAUUAUGAAGCUGGAGCUGGAGAGCAAGCGGCAGGUGAGCCGCCCGGCAGCCCCAGAUGAGGAGCCCUCCCCGACUGCCAGUUGCAGCCUGACAGGAGCACAGGGCUCUGAGACCCAGGACUUCCAGGAGUUCAUUGCUGAGAAUGAGACAGCAGUGAUGCACCUGCAGAGUGCAGAGGAACUGGAGCGGCUCAAGGCAGAAGAAGAUUCCAGCGGCUCUAGUGCCAGCCUGGACUCGAGCAUCGAGAGCCUGGGUGUGUGCAUCCUGGAGGAGCCCCUGGCUGUCCCCGAAGAGCUGUGCCCAGGCCUUACAGCCCCCAUUCUCAUCCAGGCUCAGCUGCCCCCAGGCUCCUCUGUCCUGUGUUUUACCGAGAACUCAGAUCACCCAACUGCCUCAACGGUGAACAGCCCAUCCUACUUGAACAGUGGGCCCCUGGUCUAUUAUCAAGUGGAGCAGAGGCCAGUCUUGGGAGUGAAAGGAGAGCCUGGUACAGAAGAAGGCUCAGCCUCUUUCCCAAAGGAGAAGGAUCUGAAUGUCUUCUCUCUCCCUGUUACCUCACUCGUGGCUUGUAGCUCCACAGACCCAGCUGCCCUCUGUAAAUCAGAGGUGGGGAAAGCACCCACCCUAGAAGCUCUAUUGCCCGAAGAUUGUAACCCUGAGGAGCCUGAAAAUGAAGACUUCCGCCCUUCCUGGUCCCCCUCAAGCCUCCCCUUCCGCACGGACAAUGAAGAGGGCUGUGGGAUGGUGAAGACCUCCCAGCAGAAUGAGGAUCGGCCCCCUGAAGAUUCUUCCUUAGAACUCCCUCUGGCAGUGUGACAGGCGCUAGAGGUCCUGCCUCUUACCCAUUCUCUAUUUAUUCCCUUAUUUUAUCUAACACCAUUUCAAAACAAAACUGUAGAAGCAGCUGCUGCUCCCAUGUUAUUUUAUUGGGGUCUUUGGGGAAUGGGUGGGAAAGGAUUGUUUGAGUAUUUUUUAAAAGGGAAACAGUACCAAGGAGACCAGCCCUACCUUGAUCUGGGGAUAGUCUUGGGGCAAAGAAAGCUGCGUAGUGCUGAACAUUAAGCUUUCUGGGCCACUGGAACAAAGAACUAGGAUCUCACAGGAAAAGCUGGGUAACUCAAGCAGCUAUUCUUUCUGUAGGGACCAGAACACGAGAAUUUGAAGAGCAUGGCAAAGCCCUUUCUCUCCCAAGCCCCAGGCAGAGUACAAGCUCAUUUUUCUCGGUGGUUAUUCUGAUAUCCCAUUUUGGUGUGUCAUAAUACUUCAAACUGGAAAGUCACCUGGUCGAGUCUAGGGAGGAGGGAGUGGAAGGGUCUCUGCUUCUGUACAAAAUCUCCAGGAUUUACAAAAAUGUAACCUGCCUUCCUUCAAUCCCAUAUUUGGUAAAUAAGUUAAUAUUUGACAUGUUUGGUGUUCUCUGACCUGUUCCCCACACUGGGGAUUCCUGGUCUGUAACUUGAAUUGUUUCUUCCACAUGUUCUUAAGUACUAGAGUUAAACUUGUCUAUGUGUCUUUUUUUCUCUCCAUCCUUUUUCCUUCGGAGAAAAAGAGCUGGAUUGGCUGGGGAUGUGGUAUAACGAGCCUGAGCCUUCUGUACGUGUCUGACACUAGCACUGUCAGGCAGCUUUCGGCUGGGGCUCACCCAUCCCACAGGAGGCCUAUGUGGAGCAUUAACUGGCCAAAGGAGGCAGCAGGAACAGGCUGCUUGCUAUCUGGAAAGAUGACAUAUUUGUGGAGUGCUUGUUUUUUCAUCCAGGUUUUUCCCUCUUUGUGAGAUCUGGGCUUUAGUGGAAUGUAGGAUGUGGCAAUCUUAAGGUCACCAACCAGUUUUUGUUCUUUUUUCCUGGAUCUACCCUCAUGGUCGUUUUCAACAUAGCGGGUUAGAGUUCUUAUACUGUUCCAGUUCAAUUCCAAGAAUGCAAAUGUUUAUUGGACCCCUCCAUCUUGAUGAUAUAUAAAAAUUGGAAGCCAAGCCAGUUCUUAAAUGCCACAUGCAACUCCCAGAUUCCAAAGGAUUCAAGUUCUAAUUAUAACCUUUGAAGCGUAUAGAAUGGAACUCAUUCAGUUUGAUUCAGUUCUUACCUCUGUCAGGAGGAAUACAGUUCCUGUUCAUCCUGUGUUCUAAGAUCUCCUCCAUUGAACAGCACUGAUUUUCUUUCAUUAGCAAAAUGAUCUUUGUCUCUGUUCUAAAAUGGAGGCAGUAGGGAGCAAAACUAUUCUUCUCAAGCAUCCUUUACACCAUACUUUACUUCUGGUAUGGUUUAUUAACCACACACACACACAAAAGUGAAAAACUGUUGGCGGGGAGACACUACUCCUACUUAAUCUUGCUCAUAAAGCUUUUUCUGGUGGGAUAUUAAGGCCCUGGUGUCUUACAGAAACCAUCAUAUAUGUCACAGCAGCAUUUCACCCCUGAAGUCUCUAAACUCUGAGCCUGAAAGGAUUUGUAUUUAAUACACAUAACAUUUUUUAGUUCAUUCUGCCUUUCCUAUUUGUUCCAGUUUUUGCUUGGUUUUAGUUUGGAGGGGAACUUAAGUACAUAGAUCCUUAUCUCUCCCCAUCCCCUAGCCUCACAAAACACAGUUGAGAGUCUUAAGUACCUGAGAUCUCGAAGCUACCCAGAACUGAACUAGACUCCCCUACCUUAGACUGGUACCCUCAACCACAGGACUGAAGCUUAAUUGGGAUUUGGCUUUAUGGAGAAAAGAAUCUUUUUCAAAGUUUGUGUCGGAAGGGGAGAGUGAGGUUUGCACACUGUCUCUGCAGGAAUGCUCCAGCUUAAUCUAGGAAGUAGAUUCCAGCUGCACGAUGAGGAACACAUUAGCUUUUGGGAUCAAACCAGGAAUAUGAAUCUAUAAUUAUUAAGCUCAUUGCCAACCCACAAGAUAUUUGAUGUUUCUGAAAACCUGUAGUUUCUUAAGUCCAUCCCCUUCAUUAACUCUACCGUUGUGACUCACACUGAUCCCAAACUUUUGAGUGCUAAAUAUUAACAUUUAGCAUUAACUGUCUUGUCAAGCAAAAGGCCUUCUCUACAACCUAGUCCAUCUCACUUCUGGUGCUACCUGAGUUGGACAGAAUUCUAGCUCAUGGUUGCUAGGAAAGCUAGGCCUCUGAUCAUAGAAGCAGAUAGCUUCAGUCCCAGUCUAGGCCUAGAUAAAUGACUCUUAUUUCCACAACCCUUAUUAUUUUCCAAUUUCCUUUCUCGCAUACUGUACACAGGUAGUAUUUUCAAUGUGAAUCCAAAGCUUGUCUGGUUCUCUGAAAAUAAUUUUUUCCCCUUUAGGUUCUUUACAUUGUGAUAAUGCUGUAUUUAAAGAGAAUAUUUAAAUGUAAUAUUAAAGAAAUAUUCAAAAGAA